CUCACACUCGUCCUCACAUACCACAUCCUCAGCGCCGCGAACUUACCCCCAGCCUAUGCGACGGGCAGACGAGAGUGUACAGUUACCAUGAGCAUAGGCACGCGGGUCAAGUGGCUUCGUCGGCAGGCGCGGCGCGGUGCGGGAACGCUCGACGGAGGGCAACAGGAGUUUACGUUCCGGGUAGCAUUCUUCGGUCUGCUGAUCGGGUGCCUCCUAUGCUUCACGAACCUCUACUUCGGCUUGCAGACAGGAUGGAUUAGCAUGAUGUCCCUUCAGUCUGCGCUGAUUGGCUUCCUUGUGUCCAAAUUCUUCCCUACACCCAUGACCCCGCAGGAGAACGUCGUACUGCAAACGAUCGCGGUCGCAACUGGCACGAUGCCCCUGGCAGCGGGAUUCGUCGGUAUUCUGCCUGCACUAGGACUACUAGAUGAGGAACGCGACGGUGUCCCUGCCCUACAUCUCUCAUGGCUGGACGCGGUUGGCUGGUCGCUCGCAGUCGCAUUCUUCGGCGUUUUCUUGUCUCCGCCAAUACGCAAGCAAGUAAUCAUCGAGGAGCAACUUGCGUUUCCGUCUGGAACGGCUACCGCGCAGCUUAUCUCCGUCUUGCAUCAGAUUCCCCCUCCAGAUACCACCCAAACAGUCAGACAGCGCCAUGGGUAUCGCGAGCUGGACACCGAGGAAGCUCAGGGCAUCCCGGAUCCUGAUACACCGGGAAUGCCCCUCGAGGAGGAACAUCCGGUUGCAGAGCCCGAAGUCGUCGAUGUGGCGCCGCAGGAAACCUGGAAUGCUCUCAUAUGGAGUUUUGCAGCCUCUGGUGUCAUGACUCUGACCGCGUACUUCUUCCCAGUGGUCUUUUCCAUCCCCUUAUUCGGCACCCACUUGGCCAGUGAGUGGCUAUGGACGUUCACUCCGAGCCUAUCAUAUAUCGGGCAAGGUAUUAUUAUGGGCUUUCCGACCACCCUUAGUAUGAACCUUGGCAUGUUGGUCGGCUGGGCCAUCCUCUCACCUGUCGCAAAACACUCCGGUUGGGCUCCAGGACCAGUUGGUGACAUGACAACUGGCUCGCGCGGGUGGAUCCUCUGGGUGUCGCUCGCUAUCAUGUGCGCAGACAGCCUGGUUUCGCUUGUUCCCGUCAUCGCCGAAGUCCUCUACAAGAAGGUCUGGCGCGGCGCGAUUGUGCUGCGCGACGCGGAUGCCGUACUCAUGGAUGACAAGGAAAUAGAGUCACCCGAUAGGCUUGUACCGAUGCGCUGGGUCGCCUGGGGCCUCGGUGGGAGUGUCGUCUUCGGGACGCUCCUCGUGUGGGCGGUGUUUGGCGACGAGGGCAUCAAGCCGUGGGCGACGUUCAUCGGCUACGUGAUGGGUGGCUUGCUCAGCGUCCUUGGUGUACGCGCUCUUGGGGAGACGGACUUGAACCCCGUCAGCGGCCUCGGCAAGAUCAGCCAGCUGUUCUUUGCGUGGAUACAGCCUGGCAACAUUGUUGCGAACAUCAUUGCUGGUGGUGUCGCAGAGGCUGGUGCGCAACAAGCGGGCGACUUGAUGCAGGACUUGAAGACGGGGCAUCUCAUACGCGCGUCUCCUCGCGCACAGUUUUUUGGCCAGCUGUUGGGGUCGCUGCUGUCCAUCGUCGUAACGACCACAGCGUACACGCUCUACCAGCGCGCAUACGAGAUUCCGGGCCCUUAUUUCCCGGCACCCACGGCGUAUGUGUGGCUCGGACUUGCGCGUCUUCUCCGCGACGGUGAGUUGCCGGCGAAAAGCAGCGAGUUCAUGGUGAUCUUCGCGGUCAUCUUCGGGGCCAUUGCAGCUGUGAAGGCAUACGCUCAACGUCAAGGCCUGCCGUACGCUAAGUGGAUCCCGUCUGGCGUCGCUUUCGCCAUCGGAUUCCUCAACACGCCGUCCUUCUCCAUCGCCCGCCUGAUCGGAGGGAUCGUCGAGCACGUGUACUACACUCGGGUCGGCCGCGAGAAGGGCGGGAUCAAGCUGAUCAUCAUCGCGAGCGGCUUCGUCCUCGGUGAGGGUGUGGUGAGUAUCGUGUCGCUGAUAUUGAGGACUUGGGGCUUCGGUGUCGCGAGCUGUUGGGGAUGCGGCCAUGGGAUGUGUGGAGGGUGUCCCGCCUGAGGGGCUCUGUGCGUUUGAGAUCUGUUUGUGUGUACCAGUAAUCAAUAGAGAGAGAGCCAAUGGUGUUAUAUAGAUCGGGUUCUCAAUC